UAGUAGCGACAAUGUAUUUGUUAUAUUUGUAGUUAAACAACCGUAAACCCUAAUGAUUUAAAUACACUCUCAACACACUCUAGCUGUCUCUCUCCGCAACUCUCUCUCUCUCUCUGUCUCUCUCUCUCUCUCUAAACCCUAGACGCCAAUUCUGUUUCAGUGUUUUGAGCUCCACCGUCACCUAGGGUUUAGAUUUUAGAUAAUAGUAUUUAUAAUAAUUACAAUUAUAUUACUUAAAAAAAUCAAUAUCGAUUCUCGAAUUUAAAAUUUAAAAAUUUUCAAGUUUCAAUUGUAGUUUGAUAAUUCAAAGAUAUGGAUCUCCCGAGUCUCGCUCUCACUCUCCAAGCUGCUCUUAGCCCUAAUCCCGAUGAACGCAAAGCCGCCGAGCAAAAUCUCAAUCAGUACCAGUAUGCGCCUCAGCAUCUUGUGAGGUUGUUACAGAUAAUAGUGGAUAAUAGUUGUGACAUGGCAGUACGACAAGUUGCUAGUAUUCAUUUCAAGAACUUUAUUGCAAAGAACUGGGCGCCACAUGAGCCUGAUGAGCAAUCAAAGAUAUUGCAAAGUGAUAAAGACAUGGUGAGGGAUCAUAUCCUUGUGUUUGUUGUUCAGGUUCCACCUUUAUUGAGAGUACAGUUGGGCGAGUGCCUCAAGACAAUUAUACAUGCUGAUUACCCAGAGCAGUGGCCACGGCUUCUUGAUUGGAUCAAGCAUAAUUUACAAGAUCAGCAAGUAUAUGGAGCUUUGUUUGUGUUGCGGAUUCUUUCCAGAAAAUAUGAGUUCAAGUCAGAUGAGGAAAGGACACCUGUUUAUCGCAUUGUUGAGGAGACUUUCCCGCAUCUUCUCAACAUUUUUAACAGGCUGGUCCAGAUUGCGAAUCCUUCAUUAGAAGUAGCAGAUCUGAUCAAGCUUAUUUGUAAAAUAUUCUGGUCAUCUAUAUAUUUGGAGAUACCAAAGCAGCUGUUUGAUCCUAAUGUCUUCAAUGCCUGGAUGGUUCUUUUCUUAAAUGUUUUGGAGAGGUCUGUUCCUAUUGAGGGGCAGCCUGUGGAUCCUGAACUCAGGAAGUCUUGGGGGUGGUGGAAGGUGAAGAAAUGGACAGUUCACAUAUUGAACAGGCUGUACACUCGGUUUGGAGAUUUGAAACUUCAAAACCAAGAAAACAGAGCUUUUGCCCAAAUGUUUCAGAAGAGUUAUGCAGGGAAGAUUUUGGAGUGCCACUUGAAUUUGUUGAACAUGAUACGGCUUGGUGGUUAUUUACCUGACAGAGUUACCAAUCUAAUUCUUCAGUAUUUAAGCAACAGUAUUUCAAAGAAUAGCAUGUAUACUCUCCUGCAGCCGCGACUUGAUGUUCUGCUGUUUGAGAUAGUCUUUCCUCUCAUGUGCUUUAGUGACAAUGAUCAAAAGCUUUGGGAUGAAGAUCCGCAUGAAUAUGUGAGGAAGGGUUAUGAUAUCAUUGAGGAUUUGUACAGUCCAAGGACUGCUUCAAUGGAUUUUGUCAGUGAAUUGGUUAGGAAACGUGGGAAAGAGAAUCUUCAAAAGUUUAUUCAAUUUAUUGUAGAAAUUUUUAAGAGGUAUGAUGAGGCACCAGUAGAAUAUAAACCCUAUCGACAAAAAGAUGGUGCCUUGCUGGCUAUAGGAGCACUUUGUGAUAAGCUGAAACAAACUGAACCCUACAAAUCUGAACUGGAGCGUAUGUUAGUGCAACAUGUUUUCCCUGAAUUUAGCAGUCCUGUUGGUCAUCUUAGAGCAAAGGCUGCAUGGGUUGCGGGACAAUAUGCACACAUUAAUUUCUCUGACCAGAGCAAUUUCCUUAAAGCCUUGCAUAGUGUUGUUUCUGGGUUGCGUGAUCCAGAGCUUCCUGUUCGUGUUGAUUCAGUGUUUGCAUUGCGAAGCUUUGUUGAAGCAUGCAAAGAUUUAAAUGAAAUUCGCCCUAUUCUUCCUCAGCUACUUGAUGAGUUCUUUAAACUAAUGAAUGAGGUGGAGAAUGAGGACCUGGUUUUUACUCUGGAAACUAUAGUUGAUAAAUUUGGCGAAGAGAUGGCACCCUAUGCUUUAGGAUUGUGCCAGAAUCUGGGGGCUGCAUUUUGGAGGUGUAUGAACACUGCAGAAGCUGAUGAUGAAGCUGAUGAUCCUGGUGCUUUGGCAGCAGUUGGUUGUUUACGUGCCAUAAGCACAAUUCUUGAAUCAGUUAGCAGGCUUCCUCACCUUUUUGUCCAGAUUGAGCCAAUUUUGCUUCCUAUAAUGCGUAGAAUGUUGACAACUGAUGGUCAAGAGGUGUUUGAAGAAGUUCUGGAAAUCGUUUCGUACAUGACCUUUUUCUCUCCAUCGAUAUCCCUGGAUAUGUGGACUCUUUGGCCUUUGAUGAUGGAAGCAUUGGCAGAGUGGGCUAUUGAUUUCUUUCCAAAUAUUCUGGUUCCCUUGGACAACUACAUAUCAAGGGGAACUGCUCAUUUCCUCGCAUGCAAGGAUCCAGAUUACCAGCAAAGCCUUUGGAAGAUGAUUUCGUCUAUCUUGGCAGAUAGAAAUUUAGAGGAUAAUGAUAUUGAACCAGCUCCAAAACUUAUUGAAGUGGUUUUCCAGAAUUGUAGAGGCCAGGUGGAUCAGUGGGUUGAGCCAUAUUUGAGAGUCACCGUUGAGAGGUUAAAUAGAGCAGAGAAAUCAUACUUGAAAUGUCUUCUCAUGCAAGUGAUUGCAGACGCCCUUUACUAUAAUGCAGCUUUGACGCUAGGGAUACUGCAAAAGCUUGGUGUUGCUACUGAGAUAUUUAAUCUCUGGUUCCAGAUGUUGCAACAAGUGAAAAAAAGUGGUGUACGUGCUAAUUUUAAGAGAGAGCACGACAAGAAAGUUUGUUGUUUGGGAUUGACAUCACUACUUGCACUACCUGCUAAUCAAUUACCUGGAGAGGCUUUGGAUCGUGUUUUCAAGACCACUCUUGAUCUCCUUGUAGCUUACAAGGAUCAAGUUGCAGAAGCUGCAAAGGAAGCAGAAGCUGAAGAUGAUGAUGAUAUGGAUGGUUUCCAAACUGAUGAUGACGAUGAUGUUGAUGGGUCUGACAAGGAUAUGGGAGUUGAUGCUGAGGAUGGGGAUGAAGCAGACAGCAUUAAGCUUCAAAAAUUAGCUGCACAGGCAAAGGCUUUCCGUCCACAUGAUGAGGAUGAUGAUGACUCAGAUGAUGACUACAGUGACGAUGAGGAGCUACAAUCACCAAUUGAUGAGGUGGACCCUUUCAUCUUCUUUGUUGAUACUAUCAAAGUCAUGCAAGCAUCAGAUCCAUUGAGGUUCCAGAAUCUUACACAGGCUCUGGACUUCCAUCACCAAGCGCUUGCAAAUGGUGUUGCCCAGCAUGCUGAACAGAGAAGAGCAGAGAUUGAAAAGGAAAGAAUGGAAAAGGCAUCGGCUACUGCUGCUUCAUAACCUUGGAUACAAUGUGGCUUAAGUUUGCAUCGCUUUCACAUUCCUUGCCUACUCCAUUCAUAUAGGAAUAUUUUAGAAGGAACAAGAGUCAAUAUCAGUCUCUUUGAAGCAUUUGGUUGGUUCCAAGCUCAUGGGUUCACUAGGCCUGGAGGUUUGGUUCAAGAUAAUUUGGUGCAUUGCAUACAUACCUGAGUUCCCAUUUGCUCAGCAGAUCAUGAGAUUAGGGAACUUGGAGCUGCGACUCUCUACUUGGUUUUUGGGUAAUAAUCAUUUAGCGAGUCUGGCCAAUUCUACGUCAGAGGAGGCCUAUCACAUCAUGUUUGUGUUGUCAUUUUGCUCAUUUUUUUUUUCUGGCUUAGAAAAAGAAUAUUUUUUGGGAUCUCCUGUGCUGUCGCCAUUUCUUUGCAGUUGCCUACCGUGAAUAUUGGUUUAUGAUCCUUUGGUCUUGAUGCUUUUCAUGUUUGAAAACAAGGAGGGUGUCAGGGGAAUAGUUUGAGGUCUGGUCAUGGUACAUGGAUGGGAAUCAUCUGGGUUAGAUAAUGGCUGUAAUGAUAAUUUUUGGUAAAGAGUAGCAAAAUUUUUUCUUUUCUUUUUCUAAAUUUUGUAACGCGAGUAUAGUCCACGAAUGGGUUCUGGAGUUUUGGGUUUAGUGCAGGGGGCUUCCAAGGGUGGCUUGCUGCUGAUUGUAAAACAUCAAAUAUUCUUUAUAUAAUGUGCUUUAAUGAAAGAAGAAGAGGGAGGAAUUGGUUUGUGUA